GAGCAAUGGAUGUAAAGGGGAUCUGCUUGCUCUUUGUCAUCCUCGCUGUAGCCCUCAUCAGCUCAACAGAAGGAAAACCACCAUCAAAAUGCCAGUGCAAAAUGGCUGCCAGAGAGCGGAAGAACUGCGGUCCCCCAGGAAUCUCAGCAGCAGCCUGCAGGAAAGCUGGGUGCUGCUUCAAUGCGUCAGUGCCUGGCGUCCCCUGGUGCUUCACUGCUAAACCAAAGAAAGUUAAGAAAGUGUGUCCUGCUGAUCCUCAUAUCCGAGUGAACUGUGGCUACCCUGGCAUCACAGCUAAGGAGUGCUUAAGCAGGAAAUGCUGCUUCCGGCCACGUCCUGCUGGUGUCCCCUGGUGCUUCUACCACCGCACGGUUGAAGAAGGUUGUUAAAGUAGAAACUUGCUGAAGAACCUGCUCAACUGGGAAAUAACAGCCAGAUAUCCCAGCUCCAACUUUCUGUUUGUAAC